GCAGCUGGUCCCACAGGCUGAUAUUUUGUUUUUGUUGCUGUUCGCCGAGUUGUUUUAUGUUUAAUCGAAGUUGCGCAUAAAUUUAGCUGCAAAUCGUACGCAGUUCGCGGGCUUAAAUGCAGCCACCCCCUUUCAGUUGCUUUCGCUAGCACUUGGAUUCCGCAGUAGUGGUCAUCAGGCACACCCACACCCCGCACACAUACUCAGAAACGAAGCAAGGACUCAAGGAUUCGAUUCAAGGACUGCAGCAACAAAAACACAGCGACGAUGUCGGUGGCCGGGCUUCGACAAUGUCUGCUGCUGUGGAGCGUCGACUACUGGAACUUGGAAGUCAUGGCGGACAAUGUCUUCAAGUCGCAAGAUAUCGGGCUGCGGGCGCAGAAGAAGAUCCUCUCACGCAUGGCCACCAAAAACAUUGCCAAGACCUUCAUCGAUGGGACGACGGCGUCGCUGCUGGACAACCUGUACAGGCUCUGCAAGAUGCACACCGGCAACAAGGCCAAGGCGGAGAAGCUGAUUAAGAACAUCAUCAAGAUCGUGAUCAAAAUCGGUGUGCUCCACCGGAACAAUCAGUUCAGCGAUGAGGAGCUGCAGAAGGCAGAGCUCUUCAAGAGAAAGUUUCAGAACACCCAGCUGUCCAUCAUAUCAUUCUACGAAGUGGACUUCACGUUCGACCUGCCCUACCUCCAAAAGUCAAUAGCCGAAUCGCAAGUGGCGCUGAAGUCGAUUGUGCAGCCGCAUCUCACAGAGAAGUCGCUGGGCCGCAUCGACGAGGUGUUCGAUUUCUUUGGCGAAGAGGCGCUGCUGGAAACGGCUUUCCGUCCGGACUCCCCCUACCGCGAAGUGAUGGGAAAGAUCGUGGCGGACAUAAAUGCCGCGAUGGAAACGGGAGAUAUCUGAGGAGAUCCGCCAAGCGAUCCGCCAAGCUGAGCUGUAGUUGCGUGCUAUGAACGAAAGGCUAUCUAUCGAAACCAAAAAGCAGCCAGUAGUUAGUUGCGAAUGGAAAACGCUUGCUUAAAGCUCACCCACCAACACCAACACCACCACCAAAAUGUAAAAUCUAGGUAUAGAUAUGGGCCAGCAGCGGCAGUGGGAGCUGGAAAAGCUGGUAAAGAAAGGAAAAGACAUGUGUUUAAGGCAGAGUUUAGUUUAGUUUAA